GGCGGCAGUAGACGAUGAGCGCUGCUUGCUUGUGAGGACUAUGGUAUAGGACCUGCGGUACGGACCCUCCAGUACUGCCAGCGCCAGUCAGUUACGGUUUGCUAUGACGACGGUUACGGUGCGUUGUUGCGUGCGAACACCGUUUGGAUAAGGUUCGCGUGUGUGCGGAAAAUUUCUCCCCCCGAGGGCCUGGAUUUUUUUCUUGUUGUCGACUAUCGAAGAAAACCUAGCGAAGAACAGUUUUUUUUUUCCUUCUUAUAGUGUGUCCGGUCAUGAAGAUUCGGAAAAUAAAAUGUUUCUUCGAAUUGACCUGAAUUUUCAGUGAAAUAACUAAUGGGAAUGAUAAGUGAAGAAGAUAACCUCGUUGGUUCGGGGUGAGGGAAAGUGUCCUCAAGGAUAAAGAGGAACGUCCCUGUCUGAGGGAUGAAGGGAUGGCUUUGACGGUGAAUGAUGGCCUGGGGGGCGGAGUGCGACAAAAGUGGAAAAGUGGAUAAUUGAAAGCGAUAGUAAUACAGUUUGCGGCUGAGUAAGUGCGAUAAUUAGCGUGUUGCUUGUGGGAGUUCGGAUCGAAUUUUGUGCGUGAAUUGGAGCGGAACCGUCUCAGAUCGGAUAACCAGCUGACUUGGAAAGCGCUAUGGAUCCCAUCAGAGCACGUUACUUGAAUCCAUCGGCGCGAGGAAAUGACGAACAGAGGUAAACCGAGUGUCACCAGUGUGGGCAUCGAUCGGGUGGGGUGGUCUACGAACCACCACCCCCUCCUGGCAGCGAACGGUGAAAAAAAUCAGGUGCAAAUGACAAUCCUUAGAUUAUGCAGGGGAGGCAUGCUUUCAUCGGUGCUUCGGAUCAGUGGCUGCACGGUUCCAGCUGUGGUUAUAGUGUUCUGUGGAGAGCUUUCAGUGCGGUGAGCUGUGAUUUCCAAAUUGAUUAUUGUUUCGUAAAAUUGGCUGAAAGUUUUGGGUGAAACGAUCGCUCUCAGUGCCUGAGUGGAAGUGCGGUAGUGGCAAGAAUCGAAGCAUGAGUAAAUUCCGAAUUAGCUACAGUGCUUUGGGUAUGUUUGAGGAAGCGUCCAAUAGUUCACCAACUGGUAGUUGGAAAGUGUCACGCAAUGUUAAUUUCCCCCCAGAGUCGUACGACGGAAUGUCCGGCUCCGUUGGUGGCAGCGGUACCAGCAGCGUGAGAGGGGGAUCCGCAAAUGGGAAUGGAGGAAGGAACGGCGGUGGAACUGGAUCCCGUCGUGGGUCCAAGUUUUUCCAGCGGCCGCGAUCGAUGUCCGUCUGGAGUGACAUUAGCAGGAGCAGCAUGCGGCUGGAUGAGAGAGUACGGGUAGAAUAUUAUGUAAAUGAAAACACAUUCAAAGAAAGACUGCAACUAUAUUUUAUAAAGAAUCAAAGAUCAAGUUUAAGGAUACGAAUUGCUAAUCUACUGUUUAAGUUACUAACGUGUAUAUUGUACAUAAUUCGAGUAGUGUCAGAUCUAGAUCCAACGUUUGCGACUUGCUACGGCUGCAAGGUUGCCAACAAGACGGAAUUUCUGGACUCGGCCAAACUGACGGAGGAGGAAUUCCAGGAGAAUCCCAUCAUCAACUGGGACGCGAUCCUGUGGGUCAACCGGUCCACCGAGCUGUGGGCGGUCCAACUGGUGCUGGCGCUCAUCUCGCUCACGGAGGCCCUGCUGAUAGCCUAUCUCGGCUAUAAGGGCAAUAUAUGGCAGCAAAUCCUUUCGUUCCAUUUUAUUUUGGAACUGGUCACAACGAUACCAUUUACAAUUACGAUUUUAUGGCCUCCGUUCAGGAAUUUAUUCAUUCCGGUGUUCCUUAACUGCUGGCUCGCAAAGCGAUCCCUGGAGAACAUGUUUAAUGACCUCCACCGAGCGAUGCAAAAAUCACAGUCUGCCCUCUCGCAACAGCUGACAAUUCUGUCGGCGACGUUACUCUGCCUAGUAUUCACAAGUGUAUGCGGAAUUCAGCACUUCCAACGGGCCGGUCAUCGGCAUCUGAAUCUGUUCCAGAGCACCUACUACGUGGUGGUGACGUUUUCGACCGUCGGCUACGGUGACUUUGUGCCGGACAUUUGGCCCUCGCAGCUGUACAUGGUGAUCAUGAUUUGCGUGGCGCUUAUCGUGUUGCCGACGCAGUUCGAACAGCUGGCCUUCACGUGGAUGGAACGACAGAAGCUGGGCGGCAGCUAUUCGUCUCAUCGAGCCCAAAGCGAGAAGCACGUGGUCGUAUGCUCGACUACGCUGCAUGCCGACACCAUCAUGGACUUCCUGAACGAAUUCUACGCCCACCCACUGCUCCAGGACUACUACGUGGUGCUGCUGAGCCCGAUGGAGCUGGACACGACGAUGCGAAUGAUACUGCAGGUGCCCAUCUGGGCGCAGCGCGUUAUCUACAUUCAGGGAUCAUGUUUGAAGGACGGUGACCUGGCGCGUGCCCGGAUGGCGGAAGCCGAGGCCUGUUUCAUCCUGGCGGCCCGGAAUUAUGCGGACAAAACGGCCGCAGACGAGCACACGAUACUGCGCUCCUGGGCAGUGAAAGACUUCGCCCCCAACGUGCCGCAGUAUGUUCAGAUCUUUCGGCCUGAAAACAAGCUGCAUGUGAAGUUCGCCGAGCAUGUCGUCUGUGAGGAUGAGUUCAAAUACGCCCUACUGGCGAACAACUGUACGUGUCCUGGGGCGAGUACGCUGGUGACACUCCUACUGCACACCUCGAGGGGACAGGAAGGUCAACAGUCGGCGGAAGAGUGGCACCGGCUCUACGGAAAGUGCUCUGGAAACGAAAUCUACCAUAUCGUGCUGGGGGACAGUCGGUUUUUCGGAGAGUACGAGGGAAAAAGCUUUACCUACGCUAGUUUUCAUUCCCACAGAAAAUAUGGCGUUGCCUUAGUUGGUGUUCGACCCGCGGAGUUACCUGAGUUCUACGAGGAUACGAUUCUACUAAAUCCUGGCCCCCGACAUAUCAUGAAAAAAGACGACACGUGCUACUAUAUGAGCAUCACGAAGGAGGAAAAUUCCGCCUUCGUGGUGAACCAGAACCAAAACCAAAGCCCCGACCAGCCUCCCAAAGAAGUAACAUCCAACAUCAUCAUCAACAACAACAACAGUACGACCGCUAGUAACAAUCCGCUCAUGGCCCCAGUGCCUUCGGUCUGUGUACGUGUGCCUCAUAGUCCGAGCUUGAACUCGGUCAACUCGGACAGUCCCGGGUCUCCGCGGAACACUAGCAAACCGCCCCUCGCGAGCAUUGUCCUGGAAAGUGAUGUCACGACACUGGCCGUGCCUACCUAUAGCGAAAGUGCGACUCUCUCCGCGUCCAACACCAACGCCAUCACCGUGUCGGACUCGAAGACGAACCUGAAGGAGGCAUCGACCAUGGCGACGGUCACCACCCAGUCCACCCUCGGACCGCCGGCCAUCACGACGGCCAACCAUCUGGAGAUCCCCUCGAACAACAAUCCGAACCUGCUCAGUCCGGAUAUUCUGAACCAGCGAAGAGGAAGCAGACGGCCUUCGAUUCUGCCGGUGCCCGACAUGUUCACUUCGUCAUCGUUCAGCAUAUCCGGCGAGGAUGGGAUCGACGGCGAGGACAACGAGAGUGAUGACGAGCUGGAUGAUGAUGUCCCGUGGAGGUCGCCAUCGGAAAAGAUUGCCGUCGGAAGCGUCGAUUUUUCCCUCCUGCAAACGGUUUCGCUCGUCAUGAGCUCAUCCGGCGAAUCGAAAUGUUGUAGUUCGUCAUCCGAUAGCAAAGAUUCAACUCAUACACCCCCUGCAUGGCGUACCGAUUAUUCCCGGAUUGUCAAAGGUUUUCCACCCGUUUCGCCUUUCAUCGGGGUCAGCCCGACACUCUGUUUCUUGCUGAAGGAGAAAAAGCCUCUCUGCUGCUUGCAGCUUGCUCAAGUAUGUGAACACUGCAGUUACCGGAACGCGAAAGAGUAUCAGUGGCAGAAUAAAACCAUCAUUCUGGCCGCCGAUUAUGCCUCGAAUGGGAUCUACAACUUCAUCAUCCCGCUGCGUGCGCACUUCCGCUCCAAAACCUCGCUAAAUCCGAUCAUUCUGCUGCUGGAACGGCGGCCGGAUAUUGCCUUCUUGGAUGCGAUCUCCUACUUCCCACUGGUGUAUUGGAUGCUCGGAUCCAUCGAUUGCUUGGAUGAUUUGUUGCGCGCUGGGAUAACACUCGCCGAAAACGUUGUCGUCGUGAACAAAGAACUGUCGAAUUCGGCCGAAGAAGACACUCUCGCGGACUGUAACACGAUCGUUGCUGUGCAAACCAUGUUCAAAUUCUUCCCCAGCAUCCGUAGCAUAACAGAGCUAUCACAAAGUUCGAACAUGAGAUUCAUGCAGUUCCGAGCGCACGACAAAUACGCACUGCAUCUGAGUAAGAUGGAGAAGGUAACUAAUCCGCCCACCGAACUAGUGGAUUGCGAUCGUACCGAUUCCGUUAACACUUUUGAUGAUCUUCAACAGCGAGAAAAGGAGCGUGGAUCACAUAUAUCGUACAUGUUCCGACUGCCAUUCGCCGCCGGAAACGUCUUCAGCGCGUCCAUGCUCGAUACCCUGCUGUAUCAAGCAUUCGUCAAGGAUUAUGUGAUCACGUUUGUGAGACUACUGCUGGGCAUCGAUCAGGCACCCGGCAGUGGAUUCCUUACCUCGAUGAAGAUCACCAAGGAAGACAUGUGGAUUCGAACCUACGGUCGGUUGUACCAGAAGCUCUGCUCGACGACGUGCGAAAUACCUAUUGGGAUCUACCGAACGCAGGAUACCAGCGGAUCUGAGGCCUCACAUGUGAGUAACUCACCCAUCGCCGAAAAAUGGCGUCCAUUUGGAUCGUUCGGCAUAAAACAUUGUGUGCGGUUGCGACCAACGAAAACGAAACAAUGCAAAUGCCAAAACCUCAUCCAUUCACGAACAACACUUGUCACACUCGAAUAGAGAAAAAAAAAACAAAGUUACGCGCCGUUCAAAAUUGUACAUAUAUAUUCAAUCGGAAGUGGAACGGGCGCAGAAAGUAACAAACCAGCAACCAAAAAAACAAAACAGCAGAAUGAAAGUGUGAAAUCCAAACAACCGUUUUUGUCAGUCGCUGCUUCCUCCAAACUCUCAUCUAGAUUCUGCCAGCCGUCAUCUAGUAGAUUCAGACAGCCUAACCCAAGCCAAGUUAUCUUGAUCAAGUAGAUUUUUUUUCCUUAUUGUGAAUUGAUUUGCUUGCUUCGAUAGCUCGAUUUUCUUCUCAUAAUCUCUGCUCCAAGUUGGAAAUCAAACCAAAAAAAAAAACAAAACAAUUUAGAAUAUUCCAUUCGUUGUUUCUGUCUCUGUUUCUGUGUUUCUGUUUCUCAUCAUCUUUGAUCAGUUCUCGAAUUAAGAUAUGAUUGGUUGCGCUUUGAUUAUCAUCCAAAGCACACACAGCUUCCGUAGAAUAGAAAACGUUGCGAGCGAAACUCGUUAUCGCGAGAAACGAAAAGAAGAAAAAACGACUCCACAAAAAUGCAGCAGAUGUUUUUGUUGCAUAAAACCGCUGUCGUUUGCUCCCUGAAGCUUGAUUCAGUUAAAAUCUGGGCCUAAGAAUGCCGCUCCAAUCCCAGGAUAGUUGUGAUAAAAUACAAAAGUUUCAAUGAAUAAUGAAUGUUUUCCAGAAAGUAGCCGACGUUUAUGACUAGCGAGGUAAUGGGCGGAACUAGAGCCACCAUAUUUGAAUCAAUAUCUCCUCACAGCAGGGUUACCAUAUCUACGGAAUAAUCUGUAUUUAUACAGAUUUUUCAGACUUUUUGAAACCAAGAAUCUGUAGUUACAGAUCACAGAUUUUUUAAGUUUUCAUACAGAUUUACAGAUUUUUCAAAAUUACGAUCCAAUAUUAGCUAUGGCUUGAUCUUAAUGAAAUUUUUCCCAUCUCACCAAUUUUAUUCAUAUAUCAUUCGAAUCAGUCUGAAUUAAAAUUCCUUUUGGCAUUCAUAUGUAUCGUGAAGUACUGCUUUCCCAUGUUAAAUAUAAGGUGAAAAGAUGCAAAAGUCUGUGACAUCGGCUGGCUUUACAAUAGAUAAAUGACACUGUUAGUCUUUUUCUUACUAAAGCACAGCGAAUGCGAUUCUACGUGGAUACCAUCAACAUCGUCAAAUUUAUAAUAACUAUGCCAAUCAAUGAUAUUAAAGUCAAAAUUAUGCUUCAAAAUUGAACUUAUAAAUUCAAUACAGAUUUCGAUAAAGAUUUUCUGAGAAAAAGCUAAGAUAUAAAGAUUUUUUGAAACCAAAAAUACAGAUUUUAUUAUGGCAACCCUGGCUCACAGUACGCUUCGAGCUGCAAUAGUAGACCCCGUCACUUGUUAAGUGUGUUCAGUAUCCGAUUUGAAUAAGGUUCCUGUAAAUGAUCUAUAAUAUAUCAAAAUAUUUAUCACUUUAUCUUCAUUUAUCUUGAACUAUUAUUCUGAAAAUGGAUAGGGGAGUGAGUCAGCUAGUCAGUUAGUCAUCUAUUCCGCUAGUCAGCAAAUAACUUAGUCGGUUAGUCAGCUAGUCCGGAAUUGAGAUAGUCAGCUAUUCGGCUAUUUAGUUUGUCAGCUAGUCAGCUGGCACGAAAACAGAUAGUUACCAGAUCAGCAAGUCAGUUAGUCAACUCGUCAGCAAGUCAGCAAGUCCGCUAUUCAGCAGUCAGCUAUUCAUCUAUUCAGCUAGUCAGCUAGUUAGCUAGUCAGCUAUUCGGCUAGUCAGCUUUUCGGCUAUUCAGCUAGUCAGCUAGUUAGCUUGUCAGCAGAUCAGCAAGUCAGUUUGUCAGCUUUGCUGUCCAGUCAGCAAAUCAGCAAGUCAGCUAGUCAGCUAUUCGGCUAUUUAGUUUGUCAGCUAGUCAGCUGGCACGAAAACAGAUAGUUACCAGAUCAGCAAGUCAGUUAGUCAACUCGUCAGCAAGUCAGUUAGUCAACUCGUCAGCAAGUCAGCAAGUCCGCUAUUCAGCAGUCAGUUAUUCAUCUAUUCAGCUAUUCAUCUAUUCAGCUAUUCAUCUAUUCAGCUAGUCAGCUAGUUAGCUAGUCAGCUAUUCGGCUAGUCAGCUUUUCGGCUAUUCAGCUAGCUAGCUGACUAGCUUGUCAGCAGAUCAGCAAGUCAGUUUGUCAGCUUUGCUGUCCAGUCAGCAAAUCAGCAAGUCAGCUAGUCAGCUAUUCGGCUAUUUAGUUUGUCAGCUAGUCAGCUGGCACGAAAACAGAUAGUUACCAGAUCAGCAAGUCAGUUAGUCAACUCGUCAGCAAGUCAGCAAGUCCGCUAUUCAGCAGUCAGCUAUUCAUCUAUUCAGCUAGUCAGCUAGUUAGCUAGUCAGCUAUUCGGCUAGUCAGCUUUUCGGCUAUUCAGCUAGUCAGCUAGUUAGCUUGUCAGCAGAUCAGCAAGUCAGUUUGUCAGCUUUGCUGUCCAGUCAGCAAAUCAGCAAGUCAGCUAGUCAGCUAUUCGGCUAUUUAGUUUGUCAGCUAGUCAGCUGGCACGAAAACAGAUAGUUACCAGAUCAGCAAGUCAGUUAGUCAACUCGUCAGCAAGUCAGCAAGUCCGCUAUUCAGCAGUCAGCUAUUCAUCUAUUCAGCUAGUCAGCUAUUCGGCUAGUCAGCUAUUCAGCUAGUCAGCUUUUCGGCUAUUCAGCUAGUCAGCUAGUUAGCUUGUCAGCAGAUCAGCAAGUCAGUUUGUCAGCUUUGCUGUCCAGUCAGCAAAUCAGCAAGUCAGCUAGUCAGCUAUUCGGCUAUUUAGUUUGUCAGCUAGUCAGCUGGCACGAAAACAGAUAGUUACCAGAUCAGCAAGUCAGUUAGUCAACUCGUCAGCAAGUCAGUUAGUCAACUCGUCAGCAAGUCAGCAAGUCCGCUAUUCAGCAGUCAGUUAUUCAUCUAUUCAGCUAUUCAUCUAUUCAGCUAGUCAGCUAGUUAGCUAGUCAGCUAUUCGGCUAGUCAGCUUUUCGGCUAUUCAGCUAGUCAGCUAGUUAGCUUGUCAGCAGAUCAGCAAGUCAGUUUGUCAGCUUUGCUGUCCAGUCAGCAAAUCAGCAAGUCAGCUAGUCAGCUUUUCGGCUAUUCAGCUAGUCAGCUAGUUAGCUUGUCAGCAGAUCAGCAAGUCAGUUUGUCAGCUUUGCUGUCCAGUCAGCAAAUCAGCAAGUCAGCUAGUCAGCUAUUCGGCUAUUCAGCUAGUUAACUUUUCAGUUUGCAGGUGGACAGCUAAUCAGCAAGUAAGCAAGUCAGUUACUUAGCUAGUCAGUUAUUCGGCAAUUCAGCUUGUUAGCUAGUCAGCUAUCGGGAUAUUCCGUUAGUCGGCAAAUCAAUUAGUCGGUUAGUCAGCUAGUCCGAAAUUCAGAUAGUCAGCUACUCAGCUAGUCAGCAAGUCAGUCAGUCAGUUAGUCAGCUAGUCAACAAGUCAGCAAAUCAGAUAGUCAGCAAUUCGGCUAUUUAGUUUGCCGGCUAGUCAGCUGGCACGUAAACAGCUAGUUAGCAGAUCAGCAAGUCAGUUAGUCAACUCGUCGGCAGGUCAGCAAGUCCGCUAUUCAGCAGUCAGCUAUUCAGCUAUUCAGCUAAUCAGCUUUUCGACAAUUUAGCUAGUCAGCUUGUCAGCAGAUCAGCAAGUCAGUUUGUCAGCCUUGCUGUCCAGUUAGCAAAUCAUCAAGUCAGCUAGCCAGCUAUUCGGCUAUUCAGCUAGUUAGCUUGCCAGCUAGCAGAUGGACUGCUACUCAGCAAGUCAGUUACUUAGCUUGUCAGCUAUUCAGCUGGUCAGUUAUUCGGCAAUUCAGCUUGUCAGCUAGUCAGCUAUCCGGAUAUUCCGUUAGUCGGCAAAUCAAUUAGUCGGUUAGUCAGUUAAUCCGAAAUUCAGAUAGUCAGCUACUCAGCUAGUCAGUAAGUCAGUCAAUCAGUUAGCCAGUUAGUCAACAAGUCAGCAAAUCAGAUAGUCAGCUAUUCAGCUAUUUAGGUUAUUAGCUAAUGAGCUGGUACGUAAACAGCUAGUUAACAGAUCAGCAAGUCAGUCAGUCAACUCGUCAGCAAGUCAGCAAGUCAGCUAUUCAACUAGUCAGCUAGUCAGCUAUUCACUAUUUAAUUUGUCAGCUAGUCAGCUAUUCCGCUAGUCAGCAAGUUAGUUAGUCAGCUAGUCAGCAACUUAGUUAGUUAACUAUUCAGCUAGUCAGCUUUUCGGAAAUUCGGUUAUUCAGCUUGUUAGCUAGUUAGCUAGUCAGCUAUUCCACUAGCCAGUAAGUCAAUUAGCCAGCUAAUCAGCUAGUCAACCUUUCGACAAUUCAGCUAGUCAGCUUGUCAGCAGAUCAGCAAUUCAGUUAUUUUGCUAUUCAGCUAGUCAGCUAGCCAGCUAGUCGGUAGCUAUUCAACAGAACAGUAAGUCAGCUAGUCAGCUACCCAGCAAGUCAGUAAGUCUGUUAGUCAGUUAGCCAGCUCUCAGGGGGGCUGACUCGCUCUUGAAAUAAAGAACUUAAUUUCUUAAAAAUCUGUCGACCAACUGGUCAUCGUUCUAGAAAAAUGCGCUCGUUCAUUAAAUGUUAACUAGACAGCUAGUCAGCAAGUCGACAAGUCAGCUAUUCGGCUAUUCAUCGUGUCAACCAGUCAGCUAAUCAAUAACUUAGUUGAUAAGCAAAUCUAGCCAACAUGUCAGCAAGUUAGCUAGUCAGCUAUCAGGCUAUUCAGCUUGUCAGCUAGCCAGCUAAGACUUGUUCGCGACAAAAUCUAGACACCUCAAUUUUGGUAUAAAACAAAUUUGCAAAAACAAAGUUUAAUUCAUGAAACAAUUUUAUUUCAUUUAUGUAUAUAUCGUUAAUAGUGCCCCCGUGGCCGAGAGGUUAGCGUCUCACAUUAUCAUGCCGGGUGUUCGGGUUCGAUUCCCGUUCUGUGGAUUUUUCGUCAUAGAAUUUUUUUUCGACUUUCACUGUGGUCACACGUAUUCUCGAGCUUGCUCCUCGGAAUACAUUCAAGGUAUGUUAUUGAGGGCUAGUGAAGACCUGUUAGCAACCAAUUUAACUGCGUUUGUCCAAGACUUUCGAAAUUUUUCUAUAGUUAAUGCUUGUUGUUUGCGCUGGGACAGCUCCCUCUUGAAACUUUUGCUUGAUCGAACACAGCUGCCAUACUAAAUAUUUGUUGGGGAAUUUGGCCUUCUUCUCUGCCCUGAAAUGUUCUGCGACGCUUAGAAACUUCCUAGCUGUUGUCAAGCGAGUGUCGAACGAAUUCAAAACACUGUGAACAGUGCUUGAAGGAAAUCCAAGCUUUUUUUGGCAAAUUUUCUUAUUGAGAAAUCCGGAUUUUCUUUGCGACCACAUUCAAUUGCUUUUCACUCUUCUUUGUAGACUUUGUAGUCAAAGGUCUUUUUUUGUAACGGGUACAAUUUUACCCGGAAAGCCACUAAAUACCCUUUUUCACGAUCAUUUCAUCGUGCAUAGGUAAACCAUCCUUUUAACUUGUUAGACCCUUGCUGUUUCGGCAAACUAUUUUUUCUUCGGUCCCCGUUUUCGGUUGCUUGCAAGCACGGAAAGAACGGUUCCUGUCUCACAGAUCAAUCUUCCGAUCGUAAAUUCCAUUACGACUUGUGCUCUGAGCUAUUCAAACGAUAGUCUUACUAUCACGGAAACGUUAGAGGAUACUUGAACUUACCGAUUAACCCACUUUCAACAAUUUCUCAUCUUUCGAACCUCGCAUCUGACAACAAUCAUCAUGUUUUCAGAAUCAAGACGGGUCUAUGGUACUAGGUGAGACCGCUUCGUCACUAAGUUGGUAAGGGGAGCGGUAUAUGAAAACAGUACGGAAGAAAGCAGAAAGGGAAUUAUUUGCUUGAAGCGUGAAAGAGACAGACAGAUCACGAGCGAGCUUUUGCACAAGCGUAUUGUGUUUUGUUUACAAACAAAACACAGUGGAUUUCCAAGAUGGCUGCAGAGUGGUUCUUACACAUUAGCCCACCUUAGGCGCCUUGGUCAGAAUAUUCCCGAAUUGAUCACUAGGAACGCUAUGGUAAAUAUGACAGGGCUCCUAGAUUUUAAAUGAAUCGAGCUUUAUUCAUCAAUCCAAUAAAACAGAAAUUGCCUCGCCAAAAUCCCCAAUAACUUGCUCCCGGUCACUUAGUCUACUCUAGUAAAACUGUUCCUUCCAGUAAUUUAUUCUUGAGUUCCUGUUUUAUAUACAUAGAUUAGUUCACCAAACGUCAUUUAUCAUUUUGAAAAACGUACAACUCUAACUUGUCAUAUCUCGUGCUCUCCACGAGAGACGAGUCGGUAAAUUCAAAACAAACAAAAAAUGGCGCUCAUCACGGACGAAUAAUUUGAUCGCACACGCACACAGUGAGUUUAUUCGGUGGAAAAGAUUCAAUUUCUCUAACCCAAAAAGUUACGAAUUACCUGCUUACCCAAUGUACAACCAAGUUAGGAAUAGUGUAUUCCCUAGUUAUCGUUCGUUUUUUUGGUUGAGUUCAAGUAGAGUAAAAAACAUGUUUGCUUCCCCCCAACACCUUAUAAAUUUCACCAACUCCCGUAUCGAGCAGAACACUCAUUCACAAGCAUUAUGGUUUUAACGUUUCGAAAUGGGUUGGGGUUAUGGUACAAGGCAAAGAAACCUCGUUUGAGGAGGAAAAAAGCUUUGGCUACCAAACUUUGCAUUGAUCACCUUCCUUGGAGCCGAGCCCCAACCCUUCACAAACACAAACACAAACACACCCACCCACUAGUGCAUGGAGUUGCAAACUUAACCCUGAAAAGUUUGGCGAAAAUACGUUCUAGUUUUUUUGUUUUUGUUGUACCAAUCCCUCAUAGCUAGAGGAGGAAAGGGCAAAGCUGGAACAACAUGCAUUUGCGCAACUAAUGUUGCCGUUGCUUCAGCUCAGCAAUGAAUAGCAGGUUCACCAUUUGUUUUUGUUCCACUGCACGGUUGUUUGAGUUCAAAACACGUUGAAGCCCAACCCAGAAGAUAGUGAUCCAUGUAUCUCAUGUUGCUUUCUAGAUGAAAAAUAAAUAAUUACGAAAGAAAAAAAAACAAUUCACCACGCCCCGCUUCUGUUACUUUAUGUUUUCAUUACCUUUUUUGUGUUAUGUCACACAAUGAAAAAUUACAUGUCUGUUAUCUAAUAUGAAACUAAUUAUUACUCAUCUUAACAACGCUCGCUUGAACUCGCAUGUCCGUUUGUUCGUUUCGCUCGUAAUCGACCAAAACAAACACCAACCAAAAAAAAAACCAACAAAAAAAAAUCUAUGAAAAAAAAUCCAUACAUCCAACCACCAACACCAAAUCAUCACCAUCAUCAA